GAAGUGGAUCCGUAUCUCCUUCAUGAGUUCCCCAUAAAUAAACUCAGAGACACUUCCAAAAAUUUACUGACAUCCUCAGUUCUCUCCACAUGUUCUAUAUAUGGAUGCCAAAUCCCACACGCACUGCAUGGAGAGCCAGUGCUCUCCUUUAUGCUAUAUUUCUGCCCACAGCCUGCAAUUGUCGCACCGACAUGCUGCAUUACAGCCUCCUGCUCACUGUCAGCCUGCAGUCACCCCAUGGUGUGGCUGAUGUCCAGGCCAACUGUGCCCUCACUCCUUUGAUCUACACUGCCCAGGACCACAGUGCUGCACAGGUCUCACUGGCUGGCACUCCCCCAAAUCACCAUUUGGAGCUGCUGGUGUAUUACAGAGAACCUACUGCAGUCAGUGCUGUGGUGGAGAAAGGAAACCCUGCAGCCACUGCAGGCUCUCUGUUUGGUGAUUCCCUGGUGUUGGUGACACUGGCACGCAACAUCCCUGAUGCAAAACCUGGCCAGUGCCAGUCUGGAGAGUUCAUCUUUGUUUUGGACAGCACUUCCCUUGAGCACACACAGGACCCCUUGCUCUUCCUUCUCAAAAGCCUACCCCUGGGCUGCUACUUCAACAUUUACUGCUAUGGAGCAACAUCUGUGCGCAUCUACCCGCAGAGUGUUGAAUACACCCAGGACAACCUGAAUGAAGCAAUGCAACUCAUUCCCACAAUUGGCUCCAGGCUGGAUGACACAGACCUGCUGGGAACUCUCCGCACAGUCUACAACACUCCCCGCCCCUGCGGACAUGCACACCAGCUCUUCAUCUUCAUGUCUGGGCUGCCACCUGACAAGGAAGCCAUUGCUGCUGUGGUCUGCCGUCAUCGCAACAGCCACCGACAGUGCUACCCUGGCCACAGCCCUUGCCAGGGAGACAAAGGGUGAAGUUGUCUAUAUUUCUUUUGACAAUGCGACAGUUCAGGUAGGAACCUGGAAGCCCUGGUUGCUGCCCUCUGUUCCACAAAUGCACAGCCUU